AUGGGAAAAACGCAAAUAUCGGGAAAACGCAAACAUGGAAGAAAUGCAAAUAUGUUAAAAACGCAUAUAUAUGAAAAAUGCAAAUAUGGGAAAAACACAAAUACGGGAAAAACGAAAAUAUGGGAAAAACGAAUAUAUGGGAAAAACGAAUAUAUGGGAAAAACGAAUAUAUGGGAAAAACGAAUAUAUGGGAAAAACGAAAAUAUGGGAAAAACGAAAAUAUGGGGAAAACGAGAAUAUGGGGAAAACGAGAAUAUGGGGAAAACGAGAAUAUGGGGAAAACGAGAAUAUGGGGAAAACGCAUAUAUGGCAAAAUGGAAAAACACAAAUAUGAUAAAAACGAAAACAAGGGGAAAAACGAAAAAUUGGGAAAAACGCAAUAAUGGCAAAAAAGCAAAUAAGGGAAUAACGCAAAAAUGGCAAAAUCGCAAAUAUGGGAAAAACGCAAAUAAGGGAACAUCGCUAAUAAGGGAAAAACACAAAUAUGGGAAAAACACAAAUAUGGGGAAAACAUAA